UUAUAGUGUGUAGCCAACAGAGAUACAAGGCGAGACGGCCUAAAUCGGCGGAGGCUGACCUCCGUUAAUAUUUUAAAAGUCGCGCCGCCGCCGACUUCUUUCGGCUCAAAAACUAAGCCGGCUUAAACGUAGCCGUUGAUUAUAAUUGGAAUCGCGCAUGUAUUUCGGAAAACAAAUUCACCAAUUUGAACGGAGUUGCCACUAUUUUAAAUUAUUAUUGCAAAUUGAAAAUUGUUGCCACACAAUAUUGUGCUAAUAUUAAAAUUGUGAAAACUACUAUAAAUGUUCAUUUUUCUGCAGAAAAAACUUUUGUUUUUUCUGCAGAAAAGAAAAAGGUAAAGAAAAAGUUUCCUAGUGUGAACCAGGUCAUUGCUGUUUGAAAAACCAGAGUCCUGGUCGUCAAACAAAUGUAUUUUAAAUGAGACAUUAAACAAUAUCUAUUUGAAGGAAAAAUUUUGCAAUCUUUUACGCGCUGCGCAGUUGCAUGUUUUCGCGGCAAUUUUUCCAAAUUUAUUUGAUCUUCUGUUGUGGUCGUGUGAAAUUUUUUUAAUAACAAUUGAACUUAGAAAUUAAUAAAAUUGUAUGCCGAGUGGUGUCAUUAAUAUUCAUUUUAUGUAAUUAAAAUAAGAAUUUUCAAUGGAUUGUAAUGAAACUACGCGUAUUUUAAAUUCGGAGACGAAUGAACAAUUAUUAAAAACACAUGCUGAAGAAUUAGCCAAUGUGCGUAAAUUACGUUUAGUUGUCAAAGAACUAAAACAGAUAGACUGCUCCAAGUUACAACUUCCUGACAAUGAACAAGUAAAAAAGGUCAUUGUGUUGAUAAAAAUUGGUGAAUAUCUUUAUUUAAAUGAGAAAAAGGAUCAAGUAUUAAAUCUUGGUGGAGUAACAUCUAAUAAACUUAACUACACUGAAAGAAAAGCCGUACGUCAUCAAUUAACAGCUAAUUUAAUAAAGGAAUUGCAACGCAUAAAUAACUUCAGUAGUAAAUUGCGUACAGAGCUUCCAGAAUUACUUAGUGAUGGUAAUACGUUGCACACAGAGAUUUUACAUUUGGAGAAACAGAGGCGGUCUAAUUUGGAAAGUAUGAUUCAACUACGGAAUCGCAAGUGUAAUUUUCUUAAAGUCGUCGCAGAACUAAAAAUGGGUCCCUACUUAGCCUGUGAGUUGGAAGUUAUGUUUGCAAAUGCUCGUCAUAACCAAACAAAAGUCAAUAUCCUACGCGGCUACUUUGUUAAUGAGUUGCUAACUCGCACUGAACACAAUUUGAAAGCCAUACGUGAGGUGGAAGGCUAUAUUAAUGAUGCUAUGGAGAAGGAUCAAGAAAUAAGUAAUUAAAAGCUGCUUUGCUGGUUCAAUUAUGUUAGUUCUUGGUUUUAUUUACUUUUAAGUCGUGUUCUGUUUCAUCAUUUAUUUAUUUUUUACUACUUUUUUUGAUCAAAUUUUUAUAAACUAAUGCACAUUUUUAUAAGCUUAUUUUGGCGAUUUAUAAUUGAUACAAGAUUAUUAAACUUUGAAUGUAUGCUAAUUUAAAAUUGGUGCAAUUUGAUCGGCUUAA